AUGGCAGAGGAACCGAACGAGUCUCUGGAAUAUACACCAACAUGGACUGUUGCAGUUGUUUGCUCCAUCAUUGUUGGUAUUUCCUUCUUGGUCGAGCGUGGCAUUCAUCGUCUGGGGAAGUACCUGGAAGGCAGGAAUGAUGCACUAAAUCGAGCAUUAGAGAAACUAAAAGAAGAAUUGAUGCUUUUGGGGUUCAUUUCCCUUCUGUUGACUGUCUUUCAAGGUUCGAUAAGUCGCAUGUGUAUCCCACCAAGCCUUGUAACAAAUAUGCUUCCGUGCAAGAGGCAUCAAGAGUCCACAACAGGUUCAGAGCAUAAUUUAAUAUACUAUAACACUAUAACCAACAGAAGAAGGCUGUUUUCUGAAGAAACUAGUUCGGCUUCAAAGCAUUGUACCCAAAAGGGGAAGGUUCCAUUGUUAUCGUUAGAAUCAUUACAUCAUCUGCAUAUUUUCAUCUUUGUAUUGGCUGUUGUACAUGUGAUAUUCUGUGUAUCCACAAUGCUCCUCGGAAGUGCAAAGAUCCGCCGAUGGAAGAAGUGGGAACUUGAUGUUCAUGGAAAAAACAGAAGAUUUGGUUCAGCGGCUAAUAACAGCCAAGCUCUCCAUGAGAGAGAGUUCAUAAAAAUACAUGCUGAAGGAUUUUGGAGAAAAGCUGCUGUUAUAAGUUGGAUUAAAGCAUUCUUCAAGCAAUUUCAUGGCUCUGUUACUGAGUCUGACUACGUUGCACUGCGACAUGGAUUUAUAAAGAAACACGUCCCAGGAGAUCCUAACUUUGAUUUUCACAAGUACAUGAUGGGAGCACUUGAAGAUGACUUCAAGAAAGUUGUCGGCAUAAGCUGGUACCUGUGGCUCUUUGUUGUGCUCUUUUUACUGCUAAAUCUUGAAGGAUGGCACACUUAUUUCUGGUUAGCUUUUUUACCAUUGAUACUUCUUCUUCUUGUGGGAGCGAAGCUAGAGUAUAUAAUUUCUCGAUUGGCUCAAGAAUCUGUACAACUGAUUGAAGAGGAAGAUCAAGAGGCUGAAAAAGCUGGGGGAACCUUGGAGGAAAAGAAAGAACAAGGAGUGAAACCUUCAGAUAAACACUUCUGGUUUGGCAACCCUGCUCUUGUGCUUGACUUGAUCCACUUCAUUUUGUUUCAGAACUCUUUUGAGAUAGCAUUUUUCUUCUGGAUUUUGUUCACAUAUGGAUUUGAUUCAUGCAUUAUGGAGAAGGUGGGCUUCAUCGUUACAAGACUCGUUAUGGGCUUAAUAGUUCAAGUGCUCUGCAGUUACAGCACCUUGCCUCUUUAUGCUCUAGUGACUCAGAUGGGAAGCCGGUUGAAGUUCAAAGCCUCGGUGGCAUCGUCUAUUUUGAGUUGGCGUGAAGGAACAAAAAGUAGACCCUCUGGUGGGAAUUCCUCUGCUUCAGGGACUUCACACUCCCACAAAAUGAUCCAAGAACCAACACAACAGCAUGUUCAUCAAUCUGAUGAUCAAGGUCAAGAAUCUUCAGUUGAGCUUGCUUGUAUCGUUGAGGCCUCUUCAAAGCAACCUCAUACCGUCAAUUAGGCAACUGAGGUUUGGUACGUAUCUCUGGUUUCUGCUGAUAUGAAUCCUUCCCCAGAAUUGGAGCUCAGUCUUAAUUCUCUUCUGAUUUCUCCAAGAUUGCCAAGAAUUGAUGAGUGAGAGAAAUAUGUAGUCCCCAUCAGCAUUAUUUUUAACGGUGUGUGUGUGUGUGUGGGGAAAAAAAUAUUGUAAUAUUUGCAUGCAAAUUUA